AUGACUGUGCUCAAGCUGUCCCUCAUGGCCUUCAGCUUCGUCUUCUGGGCCGCCGGGCUGACCAUGCUCAUCAUCGGCCUCUGGGCCAAGGUGUCAUUGGGCAGCUACCUGGUGCUGUCGGCCAACGACUACCCCAACGCGCCCACCAUUUUGUUGGCCAUGGGCCCCGCCGUUAUCAUCUGGGGCUUCCUCGGCUGCUUGAGUGCUGCCACGGAGCAUCGGGGCCUCCUGCGCACCUAUGGCACCUUUCUGACCGCCGUGCUGGUGGCCGGGCUGGUGGCAGGGCUCUCAGGACUCCUCUACCGCCAGGACAUUGCGCAGGGUUUCCAGGAAGGGCUGCGCGAGGCCCUGCGUGCCUACGGAGAAGACGAGGGGAAGGCGGAUGCGCUGGACGCUUUGCAGCGCACCUUGGCGUGCUGCGGCGUGGAGAGUUACCGCGACUGGCUCACCUCCCCCUGGGCGGGGGGACAAAACGGCUCCGUGCCUCUCAGCUGCUGCCGGGCCCGCCGGGGUUGCCAGCACCGGCUGCCCAACACCCACGGGCUGUACCGCGACGGCUGCUUCAGCAAGGUCUCGGCCUUCAUCAGUAGCAACAUGUUCUACGUCGCCACAGCCGCCCUGGGGCUGGGACUGCUGCAGCUCAUUGGCAUUGUGCUGGCUUGCCUGCUGGCUGCCCGCAUCCCUGCCCACCCACUGGGCAUCACCAGCCCCCACUGA